AGGAAGUGUGUCGGUGGCGUGUUGACUGCAGCGAAUAGGUCCACGACAGAUUAGAAUGUGUCUCACAUCAGGCGAUAAGGAUAAGAAAUACCACUCACAGGAAUCGCGAUAAAGACUGAAACUGUUGUCAAGACUCCUGCUAAUGAUUUAAGCUGGUCGGUUUUCUGUUUUGGAAAAGAGAGGUGUUCCGCUGUGGCUGUCAGUUCAGCUGCCAUAAUGGCUGAUGCUGUGGCCAUUUUUCUGCUGGUGGUGCUGGUGCAGGCCAUGCAGCCAUCUGCUGCUGAGAUCUUGGUGGUGCACGGCCAGUCUGAUGUGGAGUACCAGAUUGAUGACGUUCAGUCCAACUUCGGAGCUCCGCUGCCGAUCCCGGUGUGGCGGUAAGGGUUUCCUGAUCUUGGGCCAGCCUGUCAACGGCUGCGCGCCACUGGAGCCGCCGCCGUCCAACGCUACCGACCAGUGGUUUGUGCUGCUACGCGCCUACAACUGCAGCGACGACACCAAGGUCUUGAACGCCCAGAAGGCCGGCUACAUGGCGGCCAUCGUGCACAACGUCGGCAGCGACGAGAUCAUGCCGAUGAACGGCACCAAGCCCGUCGACAUCCCGUCUUUCUUUGUUGGCGAGACGGAUGGCAUCAUGAUGCGCGUCAACUUCCUCUACGGCUCCGGAUACCAUCUCAUUCUUCCCAACGAGAUACCACUGGACUUCCUGGCGUUCCUCAUUCCGAGUAUGCUGCUGGUAUGCGGCUGCAUCCUCAUCUUGGUCGCCAUCAUGAUGUACCGCUGCUGCUGCCAGUACGUGCACUCCGUGCGCCGUCGCCUGCCCCAGCGCGUGCUUAACAAGAUUCCGACCAAGCAGUUUGACGCGUCCAAGGACGAGGAAGACACGUGUGCCAUCUGCCUGGACGACUACGCCGACGCCGACACGCUGCGCGUGCUGCCCUGCUCUCACAUGUUCCACGCGGCCUGCGUGGAUCCGUGGCUGACGCGCACCAGGCGCGUGUGCCCGGUCUGUAAGCGGCGCCUCUUCUCGGCCACGCUGGCGUACCCGGCCUCGGACAGCGAGGAGGAGUCGCUGCUGGCGCCGCAGCGACCGGAGGCCACGCUCGGCGACCGGCCGCACAUCCGCACCACCUACGGAUCCACGCUCACCGGUCGCGGUGGCAGGCCCGCCCCCGCCCUGGUCCGUGACGUCAGCGAGAGGCCACAGCCACCGCGCACACACAGGCCGCCCGUCGCCGUGGACGCCGAGGUGACCGUCCAUGACGUGCAGCAGCCGCCGGCGCGCGGCGGCGCCCGGCCCAAGCGGCGACUCCAGGUGCCCCCGGCACCGACAGGGAGCAGCGAUGGGGACGAGGCGGCGACGUAG